GCUUGGUUGAGGCGCAAAGUGAGAUUUCCAGGUGAUCAAAUAGCAAAGCAGAUCCACCACGGUAGAUAUCUUCCCUACAUAAACCCGGGCAAAUGUCGAGCUUUUCGCAGUGGUUGUGUGUCAAACAGCAACGAUGUUUCUGCCCGAGUCCGAAGACUCUGCCCAGUACACCAAUGAUACACUACGAGUUUCUUUGGGUCAAAUACCACCAUUCAGUCACCUGCAAAGAGGCCUAAGAGGAGUUCAUGUGCGUGGAGUAUUCGAGAUGUUUCUAGACGCCAUUGUACGGGCCACUAAACGGAGGUUGUUGGUGGUUACUCGCAAUGAGAGGCAAUGGGGAUACAAGCUGAACGGUUCCUUCACGGGAUUCAUGGGUCUUGUACACCGAAAUGAGACGGAUGUAUUCCUUGGUCCAGUUACCCCGACGAUCGAGCGAAUGGAAGCCGGGCACCAUUCUCCUCCUUUAAUUUUCACAGAAGUCUCCGUGCUCACAAGAAGGCCGGGGAAGUUCGUUCAUCCGUUUAACUUCGCCAAGGCAUUUGGUUUAGACGUAUGGCUCACCAUGAUCUUCGUGGCCUUCGUGCUGGCUCUACUUCUAAGCCUAAGGACGAAGUACGAGGGUAUUGCGAGACACCUAGCAAUACUUGCAUCGAACCUGUGGACAUGCUUCUGCUACAUGAUUGGCGCAGAUGUAAGCGAUGACCGGGGCUUGAGGCGCCGCAUAGUCUGGGGAUCAUUCAGCAUCUGCAUGUUAGUAAUGAUGUCCCUACUGAGCAGCCGACUAGUCAGCACCAUGCUUAUUAAAAACGUCGAAGACCACAUCGACAGUGUUCGAGACAUUCCACGGUUUUCCAGAGUCAAGGUGGUCGUGGAGAAAGGCACCAUCUUCGAAACAUUCAUUACGAAAAAUAGACUGGAAACCUUCAGGAAGUUGCUCAGACAGAUUGAAACGUCACACGGACUCUUCAGAAUCCCACCUGUACAAGAGAAGAUUCUGAACCAGGUCGAAAAAGGAACGCACGUGAUACUGUGCGACCUCUUCUUCCAACAGACAGUGUUGUCGAAGCGAUUCGCUCAAAGAAAAGGAAACUGUGGCUACCGACGGGCGUCAGAAAUUGUUGCACAGAUUCCGGCAGGAAUGUACUACAGGAAAGGGCUGGACUCCGGACUGAAGCGGUCUCUCGAUUUUAUUGCAACCGGAAUAAUAGAGCAGGAACUGUUCCAUCGCCCAAUGCAGUCUUAUACCGUUAACGCUACGAAAUGCCUCCAAGAGGCUGAAGAAUCUGUUUACGCAUUCAAAUUGGAGGAGCUUCAAGGAUCAUUCAUCGUGUGGGCCAUCGGCAUACAUUUAUCAUUGAUCGUCUUCGUUGGUGAGCUGACAAUGUCAAAAAGACAUUCAAGGAUCUCCUGAAUAAAAUGUCACUUGAACGUCACUACGAAAA